GAACCGCACGGUGACUCGCGUCAACUCGCAACUCGCGUGGUGGCACAAGCUAACACAUAACACAAGAGUGGGACGAACAUUCGCUUCACUCGCUCUUUUUCUCUCUCUCUCUCUCUUACUCUUUUCCUCUCCUUCGUGGCGUGUUGGAGCAGUGCGAGAGCGAACGUUGCCCGGAGAGGACUUACAAUUCGAAUCAUGCGGUGUUGGUCCAAAUAAGGCCUCCCACAACACGUCGCCAUGGCUUCGUCAACGAGGAGGUCCUGGAAACUCCAGGACUUCGUUGCCCAUUCGUCGAACGUCAAUUGCCUGUCGUUGGGUCAUAAGUCCGGCAGAGUCCUCGUUACUGGCGGUGAUGACAAGAAGGUCAACCUGUGGGCGGUUGGCAAGCAAAAUUGCAUUAUGAGUCUAAGCGGUCACACAACGCCAAUUGAAUGUGUGCGCUUCGGCCAAACGGAAGAUCUGGUAUGCGCGGGUUCGCAGACCGGUGCCCUGAAAAUCUGGGACUUGGAGCAUGCCAAACUCGCAAGAACACUUACGGGGCACAAAUCGGGUAUUAGAUGUAUGGACUUUCACCCUUACGGUGAAUUACUGGCAUCUGGUAGUUUAGACACAGCAAUCAAAUUAUGGGAUAUUCGAAGGAAAGGAUGUAUAUUCACAUAUAAAGGCCACGACAGGACGGUCAAUAGUCUAAAAUUUAGUCCUGAUGGACAGUGGAUUGCUAGUGCCGGUGAGGAGGGCAUGGUUAAGCUGUGGGAUCUGCGAGCAGGUCGCCAACUUCGUGAGUUUACUGAUCAUAAAGGUCCAGCAACUUGCGUGGAAUUUCAUCCUCACGAGUUCCUUUUGGCGAGUGGUAGUGCCGAUCGAAUUGUACAUUUCUGGGACCUCGAGUCGUUCCAGUUAGUCUCGUCAACAGAACACAACAGCGGCUCGCCAGUUAGAUGUAUAUUUUUCAGUCACGGUGGCGAAUGCUUGUUUGCCGGUUGUCAAGAUACGCUGAAAGUUUACGGUUGGGAACCCGCGCGAACUUUCGAUACUGUACCCGUCGGCUGGGGCAAGAUUCAAGACAUCGCUAUUGCUCAUAAUCAACUCAUUGGCGCGGGCUUCCACGCUGCUAAUAUUGUGCUUUUCGUUUGUGAUUUGAAGAAAACGUCGCCAUUGGGCAACGACACGACGGCUUCGCCAUUCGCUUAUGGUAACUCAUUGCGAAAAAGUUUUUCUAAAGAACGGCCUGCCAGUCUAAAAAAGCACACAAUGGAUGUAAAAACGAUCGAAGAGGAUAAAUCAGCGUCAGAUCCAGACGAUGACUCAACUUUCGAUAUUCCCAACGUCACGGAAUAUCAAGAUGUCUUCCAACCAACCCGGUCUCUAACUCGCACUCCGCCGCCACAGCCAGAGGCUUUCCCGGAGCCUCCAGAGGACACAGAUCCACUACCGGCGUCGCAGAUGAUGAGGACAUUGUCGAGCUCAAUGUCGAGUUUAUUAAGCGAGGAUAACGAAAAUAACAUGUCUUCAGUUUCACCUGGGUCUACGCCAAUGCCUUCAAAACCUAUGCCCGUGAGAGUUCAUCCUAUCAAGUCUACAGCGCCUCUAAUACAAAGGAGUCCUAUUCCACCGAUCUCGUCGACCAGUCAGAUAAGGGCAAAUCUUCAAGCAAACAGUAAAAAUCAGCAAAAUUCAAAGAAUCUAGCUCCAGUGCCGCCACUACGUCAAAAUCUAACUGGCUCUACAACUAAUCUGUCGCAAGUAGGUAAGCGAUCGAUGCCGCCACCAAAACCUUUAGGACCUCAACGUUCGAAUACAACACUAACGCUGAGGAAUGCACCUAUGGCUGCUGUUUCACCAGUUAUGGACGAUGGCAAAUUAAAAGGAAGAGCGAAUAGUCCGGAUUAUCCGAAGAUCAAACGACAGAGUAGUGUUAAGGAUGGCGAGGGAUACGAAAGUGAUUUUCCUGUCAAAAUUCAUAAUUUGAAACACAGUCCAUCAGAUCCUCAAUUGAACAGACCAAACACAGCAACGAACCGAUCGACCGGCCGCAAUUUCGUAUCAUCAACACCACCGUUGUCAGCACGUAAUCACCACAAUAAUAAUAAUGGCAAUGGAUCAACGUCGGCGAGAAGACUACCGCCCAAUAGAGCACAGGUGGCACCAAGUCCCAAGACGGAAAUACGAGUGGCUCAGCUGAAACCGUCGGUGGUACAGCAGAAUCAUGAAAAAGCAGAUGAUUUUAUCUCGAUGAACGCUGAUAAGCCUUAUGGCCUUGAUGUCGAUUCGUUUCUGCCGAAAAAUUAUUCCGGACAGUCGUCGCUGGAUUACACGCAGAUGGGAGUGUACGCAGAGAUGUCGGAUACCGAGGUGGUGGAUACGAUGAUGAGAGGACACGACUCGAUGAUGGCUGUAUUGACGAGUCGGCAUCGAUCGUUACAGAUUAUUUAUUCGGUCUGGAGUAACAAGGGCAUGAAGUCGGCCGUGGACUCGGCUGUGGCGAUGAACGACCUCUCAGUUAUCGUCGACCUUCUUGGUGUUCUUGUUCUCAAACCAGCGAUGUGGACUUUAGAUUUAUGCAGCACACUCCUGUCGCCAAUCGGUGAACUGCUGCAAAGCAGAUAUGAAAUGUACGUGACGGUCGGCUGCACGGCGCUCAGGCUAAUAUUGCGGAACUUCGCGCCGGUCAUCAAGUCCAACGUCGAGGCGCCGCUUCAUACGAUCGGCGUGGACGUCUCCCGAGAGGAACGGUAUCACAAGUGCAUCGCCUGUUACGAGAAGCUGGUGCUGGUACGUAGCAUACUUCUGAAGAAGCAAACGAUGCCGGGCAAAAUAGGAGCGACAUUCCGCGAAUUGGGAGCUCUGAUAAGGACACUAGAGUGACGUCAGUCAAUCGCAACCUCGUCGAGGUCGUUCGUCGUCUUGCUCGACUUGUACUCGUGAAAAAGGAAAAGAAUGCACGCGCGAGAUGCCUUCAACAGAGACAAGACGACUGUUUUUAUCCUAAUUAUUAAAUACGCGCGCGCAUGUGUGUGUGUGUGUGUGUGUGUGUGUGUGUGUGUGUGUGUGUGUGUGUUGUAAUUUAUUAAUGUAUCAGAUCGAGAGCGAACUCGAUUGUGUGUUUUUUCUAUGAAAAAAAGGGAAAAGUGAGGAAAUUAAUGUCGAUGCUCACGAUUCCUUCUUCGGCUAUCCGGUACAGAGUGCCUUAAAUCCGGAUGUCGCGCGCCAAUCGUUCUAGACUGAUCGAAAGUCGCACAUUUUUGCCAUUUGUUUGCCACCGACUUUUUUUUCACUUUUUCUGUUGCACACACCGUCCCUUGUAAUUUUUGAUCUUCUGCUUUUUCAGUAACCUGUCUAACAGAACGAAACCCAAUCAUUCAUUUAUGUAUAUAUUGUGUGUUAUUGUACUUAAGCGUUCAAACUUUGUACCAGUAAAAAUUUUGUGAAAGUUGAAUAUGACGUUUCGCGUAAAUGCUUUUUUGUUUACUUGAUAAAUCAGUGAUUAUGUAUGCGUUUUCUCAUCGUAACUAUCCAUUUACUUCUUUUGUUUGUAUCCGUCAAUGCCAAUACAUUGUAACGUGAUCUGUUUUUCUUUUUUUUAUGAAUUUUUGUCAUGCAGUCCUCGAUUUUUUUAUUUGUUUCUAAGAGAUUAUAGUGUAUUUAGACUUUUAUCAUCGUUACGCAUGAGAAUCAAAGUUUUAUUCCGUAAUUCCUAAGUGAUACCUAGCAAUUUAAGUAGAGCAUUUUUUUUCUUCGUUCUUUUAUAAUCAUACCACGUAAUAAAAAAGACACGUAGGGCCCAUUAUCAUUAUCAUUACUAUUUUUAACAAUCAUCGACUGACUUUCCUUGUUACAAAUCUAGUUCGUAAUUUUUAUUCUCAUCUGUCCUUUAUACUCUAAUGGAGAGAAUGAGAUGAUGAUAAACUAACUUUUAGUCGGCGCGCUUUUUAUUUUAUUUAAUUAGCGCUCGCACACAGCGACAAAAACUAAUCAUUAGAUCGUUUUGAUGUGCGAAAACAAGAACGUUUUGAAUAAUGUAAGAUAAUUGAGAAAGAGAAAAAGAUUUAAUAAAACGUUAUAAGAAGAAUACAACAAUCGUAUAUAAGACAUGACUGCUAGUAAUGUAGUGUUUACGCAAUGAAGAUGAUGAGCUUUUUUCUUUUCUCAUAGCAAAAAUACGAAUUAUCCCGUCGAUUGUACGAAUCCAACUAGUAAUAAAAUGAGUUAAGUUAAAGCGAUCACAUUUUUCCAGUUACGUAGUUUAACUUGAAACUUCAAUUUGUGUUUGAAGAGUAUUUGUAUCUGUUUUGUAGUUAAAUUUUACUUUUCAUGUAAAAAACUUUGAAUCGUCAACCCAAAAUUCUGUGAAAAAUAGAAGCAAUACAGAAAAAUUUAAGAAUCUAUAAGAAUCUGUAUGAAUCUGUAUAAAUCUGUAUUGUGGAAUAUAUGGUAUUACAUCAACCUCGUCCAUUGUACAUUUGUAAAAAUGCAUGUAAGAGUGACGGAUGAUAUAUCGAAUGGAAUUAAAAAAGUUAUACAAUCGUAAAAAUCAGUUAGACAAACUAUUAUUGUCAAUCCUAGUGCUCAUCUCAGUAUCUAAAAUAAAAAAAAAUUUUGUAAAAACUACUUCGAUUCAGAAUUCAUAAGACAGCAUGUAUGCGUACACGAAAAGAUUUAAAAAAAUAGUGUAACAAAGUUAGACUGACAAAUAUAGAGGGUUUUGGGAGAGUCUCCGUAUAGUUUACAAAUUGCGCUUUACCUAAUGUUAAUCAAUAAUGCCAAGUUAGCUUGAAAGAUACUAAACGUGAUUCUGUUUACUUUCAUUCCAAUUGAUGCGUCCUCUCGAUUUUUGAGAACGCAACUGUAUAAAAAAUACAUUAAUUAUCAAAAAAAAUAUUAGAAUAAAAUAUC